AUGACUGAAGGGCGGGAUGUAAAUGUGGUGCUCAAUUCGCUGGCUGGCGAGGGCCUGAAAGCAUCGUGGAGCUGUGUAGCACCAUACGGUCGGUUCAUUGAAAUCGGCAAGGCAGAUAUCAUGGCAAAUUCUUCUCUUCCCAUGGCCAAUUUUGCGAAAAACGUCGGUUUUAUGGCUGUCGAUAUCCGUCAUCUUGUCCUAUCUGACCCUGAAACGACUGCUCGUCUGAUCUCUAAAGUAAUGGAUCUCGCCCAAAAAGGCGUGAUACAAUGCCCGCAACCCUUGCAUAUAUUCCCUGUCUCAAACACCGAGCAAGCUUUCAGGUAUUUCCAAAGUGGCAAGAAUCAGGGCCGGAUUCUUAUUAGCCUAGACCAUUCUAAUAUUGUUUCGAAACGUCUUCAUUAUCGUCCGGAAUGGAAGUUUGAUGCGAAUGCCUCGUACAUGGUUGCUGGAGGACUCGGUGGUUUGGGCCGUCUAGUAAUAAGGUGGAUGGUCAGCAGAGGAGCGAAACACUUGAUUCUUCCUUCAAGGUCAGGCGCGUCAUCCCAAGCUGCUUCUGAUAUUGUUGCGGAAUUAAGAGGGAAAGGAAUCAACGUAGUGGCACCACAAUGCGACGUGGCCUCGAUCGACUCUGUAGCCGCAAUGCUACGCGAUUGUGCUAACAGCAAAAUGGCCCCUAUUAAAGGUUGCAUCAACGCUACGAUGGACUUGCAGGACGCUAUCUUUGAGAACAUGACCCACGAGCAGUGGGAACGCACGAUCAAGUCGAAGGCUCCAACAUCUUGGAACCUUCACCAACUCCUACCGAGGUCUCUCGACUUCUUCAUUCUAUUUUCUUCACUCGCCGGCAUUUACGGUAGCCCCGUUCAAUCUAACUACGCCGCGGGAUGCACGUUUCAGGAUGCACUGGCCUACCAUCGUACUGCACAUGGUGAAAAGGCUAUCUCCUUAGACAUAGGAUGGAUGCUGAACAGUGGAGUCAUCGCGGAGACGGAGCGGUACGAGAAGGUUAGGAGACAACUCGGUGAUAUGGGCCAGAUUCAAGAUGCGGAGCUUUUAGCACUGCUCGAAAUAUAUUGCGAUCCAACUCUUCCUUUGCUCAGUCCCUCAAAGAGUCAGCUUCUUGUCGGUUGCAUCAUGCCUUCGGAUUUACUUGCGCAAGGGAAGAAUCCUGUUGAACGUAUGAAACGACCUCUGUUUGCCGCGUUUUCACAGAUUAUAGGCCAGGCAGCACGCAGCAGUAGGGAGCAGACCACCAUGAAUUUCGCUACUCUAUACGAGCAGGCCACGGGGCCGGAAGAGCGCCGGGAGGUUGUUACCCAUGCAAUCGCUAGAAAGCUAGCAGAGGCGCUCACAAUAGACCCCGACGAUGUAAAGGUGGAAAAGGCCCUUUCCGACUACGGGGUUGACUCUCUCAUGGCGGUAGAGCUAAGGAAUUGGAUCGGGAAUGAUUUACAGGCAAACGUAGCAGUAUUUGAGAUUAUGGGCGGAAAGCGUAUUGUAGAAAUUGGAAACCUAAUAUUGGAGAGAAGUGUUAUUGGAAAGGUCUCAUUGGAUGAAGAAAGCAAAGAUAUGGAUGAGACUGCAUAG